UUCGGCUUUGAGACCGACCAUCCGCCAUAUUGAUUUAAUCUGAUGUGAAGUAGUAGAGUUCAGUUUUGUGGCUACAGUUUUUCUCUGCGUCAAAUCGGGAGAAAACGUCAACGCUACGAGUACGAAGAGAAGUGUUUCGGACUUACAGAUCCCUUCUUGUAAUCCAAGACCUCACGAUGUCUCAUCGAGAUUGGGAUCUUAGCUGCAAAGUCUAUGUAGGGAACCUGGGAAGCAGCGCUUCUAAACAUGAACUGGAGUCUGCCUUUACCAAGUAUGGACCUCUGCGGAAUGUGUGGGUAGCCAGGAACCCCCCUGGUUUUGCUUUCAUUGAGUUCGAAGACCCAAGAGAUGCGGAGGAUGCUGUUAGAGGACUGGAUGGAACAAGAAUGUGUGGUACCCGUGUGAGGGUGGAGAUGUCAAAUGGUAGGAGUCGCAGUCGUGGAGGAGCUGGUGGUGGCAGCAGGCGUGCUGGCAGGUCACGAUCACGCUCUCCUCGUCGCCGCUCUCUUAGCCGGUCACGUUCCCGAAGCCGCUCCCGCCGGUCACGCUCAGGCUCUCGUGACCGCAGAUACUGAUAAUACAGAAUCAAAUGGUGAAUUGUUUGGGAUUUUUGCAAAAUUAUUGAUUCAAAGGGAAAAGAAAGAAAAAUUGAGGCUCUUUAAGAACUUUGGAGUAAGCGUUCUCUUUUGUGCUGAUCAAUCUUAAAUAAUGCACCAUAUGUAAUUUGAUUCUUACAGAUACUUAGUUUUAAGUCUUAUCUUUAUUCAAUUUUAACUAAAUGAGUGUAAAUUUUUUCCAUUGCAUUAUUGUUAUGGCUAUCAUUCCUCUGUAUUGUUGAAAACAAUAUCAUGUAUGUUGGCUCAUGUUUCUUUUUAAUUAGUAAGUGUCUGUACCAGUAUUCUAAGCUUGGAUUGCUUGUUUAUCUUGUGACUCAAGUGCUAACUGUAAGAUUAGCAUCAAAUAAGAUACCUGUUAAAUUUUAUCCAAGUAACAUUGACAAACUUGAUGACUGCUUUUUAGACAUUAAUAACAGAGCACAAUGUCAUUAAAUCAUAUACAUGUCAUUGUAGAGUUAAGUAGUUGAUUCUCAUAUUUAUUAUUAGAUAUCAUGUUUCUUUAUCAAACAAAUACAUUCACGUGAUCAAAGCUUUCGAAUUUUGAGGGUUUUAGAACUAUUUAUGUUUGUCUUCACUUACAUUUUUGUGUUGUACACUUUGUGUUUAACUUGUUCAGGGCUUGAAUAUUACUGUCAUUAAAUUAAAUCACAACUUGACUUAUCACAAUAA